CGCCGCAGGAGUUCUGUUCUUGUUGGCGCUCCGUUGCCUGGCACGAUCACAGCUUGUCCGCGGCGUUGACCCGCUCAGGAUGCACAGCGCCAUAGCCGCCCUCUCUGCUCUACGGAGCGCUCGGGCCGACAUUUCCAGGUGACGACUGAACUGAGAGGCUUGCUAUGUGGGGAAUAGUAAACACAGAACUGUGCCCCUUCACUACAGUGUAUUGAGUUGCUGCAACCCUGAGAGUGCAUCUCAAGCAAGUGAGAUGGGAUUGUGGCCAUUGAUAAAACCUUGAUCAUUUUUGCGCAACCAACCCAGUUUCUGCACUGUCCUGGGAUUAGACUGAUGGCAGUUGAUAAAGAGCUCCUCCUGAAACUCCGGAAAGAGACGGGAUACUCAUUUACAAAUUGUAAGAAGGCCUUAGAACAGUUUAGCAGUGACCUUCAACAGGCUGAAGCUUGGCUGCACGAACAGGCCCACAAGGAAGGAUGGAGUAAAGCUUCUAAACUGCAAGGUCGAAAAACAAAGGAGGGCCUCAUUGGACUGCUGCAAGAUGGAAGCUCAGCUGUCCUGGUGGAGGUGAAUUGUGAAACGGAUUUUGUUGCCAGGAAUGUCAAGUUUCAGCAGUUGGUGCAGCAGGCAGCCAUUGCCACAAUGGCACACGGUCACUCCAAACAUGCAAAUGCCAUCGAUUACACCAAGAAUUCCUUUACAACUGAAGAAAUAACACAAUUGAAAACCAGUUUAGACAGCUGUCCUCUUGCUGACCAGCUUGCCCUGGCUAUUGGUAACCUUGGUGAGAAAAUGAUUAUAAGAAGAGCUGCCUGGGUGGCUGUGCCAUCCGAUUGGUAUAUUGGCACAUAUGUUCAUGGAAUGCUGCCAGUAGACAACCCAACCCUUGCAAAGAUGACAUUUGGAAAAUAUGGCGCAUUAGUGAUCUAUAGGCCCCUGGAACAGAAUUCAAAAAUAAACCUCUCUGAGCUGGGCCGCAGGUUAGGACAGCACAUUGUGGGAAUGAUGCCACUGUCUGUGGGCUCAAUGGAAGACCCGCCUGGUGAUGACACAGAGACCAAGAUGCUGGCACAGCCUUUCCUGCUGGACUCUAGCACGACUGUGGGGCAGUUCCUGUAUACAAACGGAGUGUCGUUGUUGGACUUUGUACGGUAUGAGUGUGGAGAGGUAACUGAGGUGGCAGAGAAAGUAUAAUUGGAACGUUGCAGUGCAUCCCAAAAAAAUGUACAGAGUUUUUCAUUGUGGAAACCUCUUUACUGAUAUCAGAAUAAAAUAAUGAUCUCCAACAA